CACGAUUGCCCCGACUCUGCCUCGCACGGCGAUGCACAACGGACGAGGUGGGUUGACGCGGUCGCAACUCAAGACUGUGGCGCUCCGCCAUGCCACUGUAGGGGGCGGCUUCUUGAAUAGCUACGCUAGCGCCGUCACCAUGCACCCUACCGCCGACAUUGCGCUGCCGGACUUGUUUUUCCGCCUCAUGUGCCAUGACUGCGAGUUGUACAAGAGCGAAGUGGCGAUCAAGACGUUGAACCCCGUAUGGGCGGCCGUGGAAAUGCACUCGAACGAGCCACUACAGCAGCAUGCGUCCAAGUUUAUGGCCGACGACGAUGCCGACUUUGACGUCGUCGUGUAUCGAUUGAUCAACGGGGCGUCGACGUCCAGCACCCCAUGCUUUCACGCCAAGAACCACAUCGUGGUGAACGAUGGAAUCGACGAAGAAGAUGAGAACGUUGAAGCGUACUUGGAAGAUGACUUGAACCCGCACGGGUCUGGCAUUCGCUUGUCGUCGGGCAGCUGGGGCAAUGACGACGACGUCGCGGACGAGAGCGACAGCGACAGCAGCGCGAAUGACCUUGAGCCGUUCUUCGAGGAAGAACUGUUCCGGUUUCACAUCGCCCUGGAUGAGCUCGAGCCGCUGCAAUGCGACUUUCGUGAAUUGUUUUACUUGCCCCUCAACACGCUUGUCCUCGAGUUUGCUUCUACAUAUUACGUGCGCCGCGAUGUCAUGACGAUGCUCGUGCAAAAUGACGUGAUCAAAGCCCGGCGCACGCCACGAGGUGAUUUUGCAGCGCUGCCGUCGUCGCUUCCGCCGCAGUCCGAGUUCCACUUGGACACAGCUGCGGACCUCCUCGACACGACCAUUGCACUCCAUCAGCAGAUCCAAUUUGCCCAAGCGGAUGUUGUGUUGAAGCGGCAGUUGGUCGACGAGCGGUUGAAGGCCGAGGCCGAACACGUUGCCAAGGAGAAUGCCAGACUCCAACUCCAAGCUCGGAUUCUCGCGCUGCGAAAGCAAGCGCUGCAGAAGCAGCAGAGCCUCGACCAAGUAAAAUCCGUCCUCAAGGUCGAGAAGCACAUGCUGUCGGCGGACCAGCGGCUGCCGCGGACGUUGGCGCAAUUGUCGCAUCUUGAAGCCAAUGCAAACGAAAUCACGAAUGGAAUUUUGUAUCGUCGGUUGGACGUCCUGCGCGUAGCCCACAGCAUCCGCGCGCUCCAGGCCACACUCGUCGUGCAGCUCUACGACAUAUACCCCAUCGCAUACCUUGGGGCGGGCGAGUACUCGAUCGGCGGGAUCAAGUUCAACAAUGCCGAUGUGACCAACGGGAAGGACGAAGAGCUGCUAUCGACGGCCCUCGGAUACAUUGCGCACUUUGUCUUUUUGCUGGCCAAGUACUUGAACGUGAACCUCCGGUAUGCGAUAGUCCACCUCUCGUCGCGGUCGUACAUGCGCGACGAUGUGAACGACCCGACGGGAGAGUACCCGCUGUACAAGCGUGGGGUCGACAAAGAUCGGUUUGACAAGGCGUUUUUGUUCUUGCGAAAGGAUGUCGAGCAGAUGUUGCUGGCGCGAGGUCUGGAACUUGUCCAGAAUGCUCAACUGCUCAUGCGACUCACGACCCUCGUCGAGUCUGAACUCGAGUGGGUCAAAAACAAUUCGUAGACGAUAGAUCGAUCAAGCACUUUGGUCGUAACUCAAAUCAUCUCGUGAAUGACGGAGUUGGUCGUACUGGCAUGUUUCCGUCGUUG